ACCAGGAUAGUCUUCCGCUGUGGGCGAUGGUGGCCGCCGCCUGAUGGUGGUGGGGUGACACCGACGGCGGGUAGGGCGUCGCAGGGGCAGAACCAGCGCCGCGACGCCUCGGCAUGCACAGUCGCGGCUCGAACGCCGUCCCAUACGAACGUGUCGUCCUCGCGGCUCGUGCAUCCAACUUGACAACGUGUACUACGAUGUCUCCGGUCUGAGAGAUCAGCGACCAGAACCAGACCGGGACGGAGAGUAGCAUUACCUGGCACAACGGGAUCAUCGCUCCCGGAGGAUGAUCGUGGAUUACGACAGAUUGACAUGAGACUGGCGGGACCGUCGACGGAGACAGUGCUCGUCGAUCGAGGCUGAGAGAAAGAAAGAGAGAGAGAGAUAGAUAGAGAGAGACAUAGAAAGAGAGAUUGACAGUUGUGGCAUCGAUAGACAGUGGCAGGAUGACGCCACCAGACUUUUUCGCGGCGAACGAGAUUUGACGGACCUCCGGGAUCACGUCGAGGACCGCGUUAGAGAGAUCGCAGCAACCACUUGUUAGCGCGUGCAUCGCGGUGUCCUUUCGUAGCCGCGCUACUUUUCUGUGGAGCUAUAACGUCCGCCGGCAGUGUGUUCUUGGUGGCUGACAUUCCCGAGGCCGCGUGAAACGUCAAAACCGUCAAAGUCGUCGUCGGAUCGGAGGCCAACGGAAUCAGUUGUUUCGUAUGUUCUGCGGGAAAGUCGAGCUCUGCGCUGGAGAGUCCUCCUCUCCGAGUCGAGUUCCGAGAUCAACAUCGGCUCCCGAGACACGUGCGUGCAAAGCCGAUCUUCCUAGUAAGUGUGCGCCGCCGACUUAUCGAUCCGGCGAUCUAAUCGAUUCCCUGAGUCAAUGAUACGCUCCCGCUACCGAGAUUAUUGCUCGUUAAUGACGGCCUGCGUCGCGUCGGAACGAAUCCGAACACGUAACGUAAACGUCGCCGGUAUGUCGGAACUAUGAGAAUUGUCGAGUCGGAAGUGCAUGUUCUGCAUGAUCUAUUAGCUACACGAUCGCGAGUCACGAAUAAGGGUUGAGAUUUUCCGUAAACGAGUCCGUUGACGAUACGUAUGGCUGUGCACCGCGGCUCGUGGAUCGUUUGCAUUCGCGGAGGAAGUGUAGUCGAAUCGUAAGGAGAGUCCGUAGCACGCCGGUCCAUGACGGGUAGGAACUGAGAUCGAAAUCGGUGAGAAUCGGUUGAACCAAUCGGUGAUUAUUGUGUGAUGUUAAACAUGGCGGCGACUUACGAGUCCCGGGACAAUUAUUAAAGAAACGCUCCACGGUGGAAUGGAUUUUCAGAGCGCUAUGGACACGUUUGUAGAGGCAUGGAUGGCUGCUAACACGAAAACGGAUCAAGUACAGAGCCAAGCUUUGGCAUUGACACACAAGGUCUCUCCACCUUCGAGGCCGAGCAGCGUGUCCUCGUUACCGAGAAGCCCCCAAUCCCACCAGUCCCAGCAGUCGCAGCCGCAGAACACUGCUCAACCUCCGCCGGUGCAUCCUCAUCAGUCGCAGACACCUCUGAGCGCGCCCCACACGCCAUUUUCCGCGCACAAUCAGCACCCGAAGCAGGAGGCGAACACCAGUCCCAAACAGGAAGGAUUCGAUCUCAGCAAGUCCGCUGCCAGCACCGGAAAGAAUAUCCCAGUGCAUUGUGUGGUCGAGACUAUUCACAACAUCGUCGAGAGUCAUGUGAGCAACUCCCGUGAGAAUUGGCGGAGGCCUCAAGUAGAGACGGAUUCGUAUGUGAUCAUCCCUGUGGCCAUGCCUUUCCAAGAUUUAGUUGGCGAGGCACUGGUGCGCCUGGGCUACUCAAGCGACCUGAUACCGAGCGCCAGGGGAAGCAUCGUCAUAAGGAACUGGAAACCACUGCCAAUGGAGAAGGUCGCGGAUGGUCCGUUGUUAACGGUCGGCGACAUUUUAGCCGAGUUGACCUCGGUCGCGACAUUGAAGAUCCAAGUGUACAGAUCGAGACCGCCACCGCCUAGUCCAGCAGCGGAGGUCAGAAACAAGCUGCUGAGAUUGCUGUUGCUGCACAGCCACGCGCUUUUGGUGUCUGCUGGUUGCCCUUUGGACGAGGUGACGCUGCUGUCCCUGUGCAGAGGCGGGAACGAAUUAUCAGAGGAGACCAAGCGUAACUUCGAAUCCUGGCUCCAACAGCAACAGUUGGGCCUGGGCCUGAACCCGAUCGUGCCUACCUCGAACCACCAUCACCACCAUCACACGCAGAGUCCCCAGCCUGAUGGCGGUGGCAGCAUCGGAUCGGCAGGCGGUACCAUCGGCCCUCCUCAUCCUGCGCUCCUUCAGUACUCGCAUAAAACGAGGAUGAGGACCAGUUUCGACCCCGAGCUGGAGCUGCCGCGUCUCCAGCGUUGGUUCGGCGAGAACCAACAUCCGUCGAGGCAACAGAUUCAACACUAUGUCUCGGAAUUGAACUCUCUGGAGUCUCGACGGGGCAGGAAGCCGUUGGACGUCAACAACGUCGUCUACUGGUUUAAAAAUGCCAGGGCGGCCCAGAAGAGGGCCGAGAACAGGGGUGUCAACGGGUAUAGUCCGCCUGGACUGAGUCCGAGGGGUGCUAGCAUCGUCAGUGAGGAUUGCUCCGACGAGGAGGAGGAUUCUAGACAUCAGUCAGCCUCGCCUUCUCCCUGUCCACCCGGAAGUCCACCGGUUGGACCACUGUCACUGACAACGAGACCAGAGGAUCAACAACCUCCACCCUCGACGCCAUCCUCUGUGAAACAGGAGGAUGCCCGGGUGUCCUCCGGUUCUGAGGACGAGGAGGCAAGGCCGACCGGUCCUAUGCCGGGAUUCUCGCUGGUCCCGAGUCCGAUGUUCGGCCACGGAAUUAUGUAUAUGUCACCUUAUUUGCCGCCACGCGGCCCGGCCGGCUGCUCGACCGGCAUGCUCGACGAGAGGAGGAAGAGGAACCGGACAUUCAUCGAUCCCGUGACGGAAGUGCCGAGGCUCGAGGCUUGGUUCACCCACAAUACUCAUCCCAGUCACGCGCUAAUUCUAAAAUACACAGAGGAGCUGAACCGGAUGCCGUACCGGAUGAAGUUCCCGCGGUUGGAGCCAAAGAACGUGCAAUUCUGGUUCAAGAAUCGCCGGGCCAAGUGCAAACGCUUGAAGAUGGCUCUGUUCGACGGCGAAUCGCCGCAGCCCCAUCCGUAUCACGCAGACUAGCUCAGCCCCUAAAGUUACGUUUAAUUAGAACAGAAAAAAAAAAUAUAUGGAGCCAUCGGCCUGGAAGGCAUAUUCGCGCACCAUGUAACACGCCAAGAGGAGCAGAGAGGAGAAUCUAACCAACCUGUUAUAUACCUUAAUAUCGUUGACCUGUAACCACGCGAGCUGGUUGCACUUUUAUUGUAAUUAUUGCAUAACGAUUAAUAUAAUUAUUAUGGACCUUGAUGAAUGUACAUAUGAGAAUAACGUCGAAUAAAAACUAUACGUCACAAUACACUAAA